UAGCUGCUACGGGUCACCCUCUCUCCAGCCCUCCCAGACCCAGUACACCUCCACUACCUACCUCCUCCCAGAUUUGGGUUAUUCCUAUCCGGCGUAUGGAUCCACCUCCUCCUCCCCCUGCCGCGGCGGCAGGGACGGCCAAGGAAACGAAGGAGCCGUUGCCGCCGCCGCAAGCAGAAGAGGAUGGGCUGAUGUCUCUGACGGCCGCGAUGGCGAGGGAGGCGGCUGUCCACUUCCAAAGCCGCCGCUACGGCGAGUGCGUCGAGGUGCUACGACAGAUCUGGAGCAAGAAGUCCGGCGACCCUAAGGUCCUUCACAAUAUGGCCAUCACAGAAUCUUUCUUGGACGGUUGCUCUGAUCCAAAUAAAUUGCUUGAAAUCCUUGACAAGGCUAAGAAAGGAAGCGAGGAUCUUGCUUCUACAUCUAGAGAGAAAGCUGAAUCUCUCAAUGGCGUAGGAAUCAAUGCUUCUUCAGGAUCUAGAGGGAAUACCAUUCCACCACAAACUUCUGGUGCAACUAAUGCAAUGACAGCAUAUGGGGAUGAGUUUGACACAACCAUAAUAACAUUUAACACUGCAGCUGUCCUUUAUUAUCUUCAUGAUUACUCCUUAGCGCUGUCUGUGCUAGAGCCAUUAUACAAAAACAUUGAACCAAUCGAUGAGACAACUGCUCUCCGUGUGUGCUUUCUCCUAUUGGAUAUUGCGCUAGCUUUGCAAGAUGCAACAAAAGCUGCAGAAAUAAUUCAAUACUUGGAGAAGUCAUUUGGAGUAGCUAACAUGACAAGUCAGAAUGACAAUGCUAGCGUAGCUCAGCUAAAGGUUCCCGCAAAAGGAAGCACAGCUCCAGAUGUAUGUAGUGCUGAUCCCAAUGCUCUUCCCACUGGAUGCGAGAACCUAGUGGGAAAUUUAUCAGAUGAUACACUUGAGUUUGAAACACUUUACUCAACUUUGGACAGUGGAAAUCAGAACUUGAGCAGAUCUAUAUUGAAUGAUUUCUCAAGGAUAUCAGCUGAUCUUGCUGCGACAGCAGCUGAUUUGAAAGUUAGACUGCAAAUAUAUAAAGUCCGUCUUCUACUUCUCACUAGGAACCUCAAGGUUGCAAAGCGUGAGCUCAAAGUUUUGAUGAAUAUGGCACGUGGCAGGGAUUCUUCAACAGAACUCCUCUUGAAAUCACAGUUGGAAUAUGCUCGAGGAAACUACCGAAAAGCUGUGAAACUAUUGAGCACACAAAAUAACCGAACUGAGCCAGCAAUGCUAGCUAUGUUCUACAACAACCUUGGUUGUAUACUUCACCAACAAAAAUCCAACCAUACAUCAGUUUGGUUCUUUAGCAAAUCGCUGAGAUAUAGCCUGUCCCUUCGCUCAGAGAAACCAUUGAAGCUGCCUGCAAUCUCACAGGACAAAUCUUGUCUUAUUUCAUACAACUGCGGCAUACAACAUUUGAUGUGUGGGAAACCUUUGUUGGCAGCUCGCUGUUUCCAUGAAGCCAUUCCGCUUUUCUACAAUCAAUCUUUGUUUUGGCUCCGGUUUGCAGAGUGUGGUCUGUUUGCGUUGGAGAAGGGCCUUCUGAGUUCAUCCAGUGUUUGCAUUGAUGAGAUUGAUCUCCAUGUUGUGGGGUCAGGAAAAUGGCGACACUUAGUUGUCAACCCGGUAAACUCAAGAGUUGAAGAUAUAAUGAGUGGUAAUGGCAUGAGUGCAGCUGGGAACAAAAGUUUCCUAUCACUGAGAUUUGUUCGUCAGUGUUUACUCAACGCCCAGCUGUUAUUGGGUUAUUCUGAGCAAAAUAAUCAAGUUUUUAUGUCAGACACAGAGGACCCCAGUGAAGCAAAAGGCCAAGGCCUUAAAAGUGCACAAGCUAAUGCAAAUGGAGAUCAAAAAGGAAUGACAGGCUUCAAUAUCACCUUGCAGAACUCUAUUGCUUCAUAUGAGGAGAUCUGUAGGAAGGAGAACCUUGAAAUCAAGCAAGCUGUGCUAGCAGAUCUGGCAUUUGUUGAACUGUGCCUCGAGAAUCCCUCGAGGGCAUUAUCUGUUGCAAAGUUGCUGCAGCAGUUGCCAGACUGUUCCAGGAUGUACGUGUUCCUCAGCCGUGUGUACUGCGCGGAAGCUUUAUGUGUACUGAAGAGACCAGAUGAAGCCGCUGAGGAGCUAUCUGUUUAUAUGACAGAUGUGAACAACUUUGAGGUGCCUUUUGUCAUCGAGAACUUUGAGAAGGGGGGCCUUGUAGAUAAAGACAGCGACUGCGAGGACUCAGUAGCUCCUGCAGCCAUGAAACCAAUCCCAGAAGCACAGCACUCCGUGUGCCACAAGCCUGAGGAGGCGUUGGGUGUUCUGUACAUCGACCAGGGAAUGUUGUCCGCGAUGCAAGGUGAUAUCGAGCGAGCAACCUAUUUGGUGGAUCGGGGUUUCGCACUGCUGCCUAAUGACGCUAGAGCGACGCUGGCAGCUGUUUAUUUGGAUCUUGUACAAGGGAAGACGCAAGAAGCUCUCCCCAAGUUAAGGCAGUGUAAAAACGUGCGUUUUAGGGGCGAUAGCGUAGCAGUCAGCAGCUGAGAUAAAUAGAUUCAUUUUGGCAAAUUCCUGUAGUAGAUAAAAUUCUCCAAUUGAACCCUGACCGCAAAGGUGGAUGUUCAGCAAAGCAUAACUAUUCAGUGUACAAUAUAUAAAGCCUUCUUUAGCGUCCCAGGUUCAGCCAGGUGCUGCGUUGGGUUACAUCAAUUUAUUGUUGUGUUCAACGGACGAGUUCUGCAGACGGAGCAGUUAUGGACAGUUUCUUUCAUUCA